ACAGGGGAUGCGAAACCAGAAACAAUGUACAUAGCUCGCUUCAUGUUUCCGAAUGUUACCCUCUCUGAAUCCAGCCAUUGCCUCCUGCACUCAGUGCAACAUAACAUUACCCUGAGAGAGUAGCGACUUGUCGGGCUGGAAAUGCCGGGAUGAACUUAAGGUUUCAGGAGCAGAUGAUGGCACGGCGGACAAGACGUCUCAGGUAGACCAGGGCAGACUUGGGAUGACAGCCCCACAGCACCUUCAAGACCGUCAAGAGCGUCUUCUACGGUCUGUUCCUCGACAGAGAACCGGAUUAAACUGCGUUGCUCCUUCACGCUAACAGAGAACGCUCGGCUGGUUAUCCAAACUGACGUCGACGUGGAAGACCAGAAUGAGGUGGAGCACCAGCAAAGCCGUAGUCGGGUCGUUUGAGGGAUGUGAAGUUGUGAGGGUCUUGGUCGGGGAAGAGCAGCGCGACUUCAACUUGCACAGAAAGCUGCUCUGUGACAGCUGUGCCUUCUUUCAGACUCACAUCGAGACCAUUCCAUCCCCAUCAAGUUCGCAGGAUGGUGAUGAAGACGAGGACUCGGUCCUAUGGCUACCAAAUGAAGCACCCGACAUGUUUGAGAUUUUCGUGCUCUGGCUCUACCAGCGGCGGAAAUUCUCGUCUUUUAUCGAAACGGCCACCCAAAGAAUAUCUCCCGAUGAGUGCCGCACCAUGCGCACUAAUCUUGUCCACCUCCACCUCUUCGCCGCUGUCAUCGACCUCCCCGCGUUGCAGGACGCCGCCAUGGACGCCUUGCAAGAUACCUACCUACGCUUCGACUGGGACAUGUCGCCGCGCUUCCUCGCCUUCCUCUACGGGGACUGCGACGCCCAGCACGCCGUGCGCCUGCGAAAGUGGGCGAUAGCCAUGCUCGCCUGGACGCUCCACGGCGCCGACGAAAAGGCAGCGGUCAUGGCCGGUCAGCUCGACCGUCUGUUUGCCGCCUACCCGGACCUGCAGGCCGACUACCACAUGCACCUGCACAAGAUGGCCCAGAGCCGCGCCGACGUGCGCAUCAAAAACCCGCAGCUACGCCUGCCGGCCAACAAGCUGCGAAGCGGCGAGCGCCUGUUUGGCUUCCGCCAGUGUACUUUCCACAGCCAUCGGGCGACGGUGGGCGAGGGCACGUGUCCGCAUGCGCUGGCGCUCGGCCACGCGCUGGUUGCGAUGCCCGUGCGGAGGCGGGAUAACAAGGACGAGAUCGAGUCGGAUGGGUCGGAUGCCGACCGCCUGAUCAUUUCGCCCGUGAGGGACCUGAAUGAGAUCUCUUACCUGGACCUGUCAUGAUACCAGAGGAGCCUUCCUGGCUGUCUACGGGACCUUCCAUCGACAACCUCACUUUUCGGUACACAGACCCCGGACGCCGCUGUAUGGCUCCAAGAGAGUCGUCGGAAACGUCAACGGCCCAUCGACACAUCCUCACACGAUCUUGCAAUCAGCCUCUUUUAGAAAUCAGCACCUUGGGAAACAGACAUUUCUGGUUGAAAUACCGCCAUGGACGUCUAGCUGUGGCGUAAUGACCAUCGAAGGCAGGUCCUAGGUGUUGGGAAACAUGCUGAGGCAUCGGGUUGGUAACCUACCCCACGCAACUAUCGACCGCAGACGGCGAGAACGGAUCAUCAACUCAGAGAUUGGCAAGGAGCGUCUACUACUAGGACGAAAGGCUAUGUGCAAGGGUUAGACUCAGAUUCUCCAUGACAUACCUAAAUCGGCCAGCAAAUAAUACCAAUGCAUUC